CGAAGGUUGAGGAGGAGUUGUGAGGAUGGAGCACGAAGCGAGUUCCGCGACGUCCGGCCACGGCAGCGCCCUGCCCCAUGGCAGCGCCCAUCCCGCCUCUAACUCGUACUCGUCCGCGCCCCACCGGCGCUACCAUGGCGGCCAUGACGAUGGCCACACCAAGUACACGUCGCCCCGCCACAACAAUGGCCACUACGCCAAAGCCAAAGGCGCGGGGUACUACGGCAACAACAACAACGUCAACCACCACCACCACCACCAAGCGCAAUACCACGCGGCCAUGAACAUGAACGGUGGGCGGUACUACAAUGCGCACGUCCAGCCGCCGCUUCCGCCAUUGCCUCCGGGCGGCUCGAUGCCACCGCCAUCGCCGUCGCCGUCGAGCGCCUCGACCGACACGACCGCCGCGUCGCCGUCGCAUGUAGACACCAUCAAGUGCAACCGAUGUGGCGAGAAGGGGCACAUGGCGGUGGCAUGCCCGCUCAAGCCACGCCACAGCUACAACAAGGGGCCGCGCGUGUGCAAGUUUUGGGCGAAUGGCCACUGCCAACGCGGCAACGACUGCUCUUUCUUCCACGGCAACCCGGACCAAGCGAUGAUAUACGGCGCGCCGACGAGCAUGAUGAUGACGAUGCCACCGCCCCAGUACAUGAUGGACCCGGCCGCCGGCUACUACUACCCGCCCGUGCCCGUCAUGCCCGCAGGGUACCCGCCAGCUGCCGCGCCAUACGAACCGUCGCCGACGUCCGAGACGCCGCCGCCCGAAGGCGAGAUGUACGACGCUGCUGGGUACCCGAACGACGCCUACGUCGAGCCGCCGUAUGGCGCGCCGCCGGUCUACCACAACCCGUACGCGCCGCCCCAGUACGCUCCGUACGGCCCGCCGCAAAGCGGCUACCCAGACCAACGCGCGUACUACCAGCCGCCAUCGCACAAGUUGUACCCGCCGCAACACGGCCAUUUUUACAACCCGUACUACCCACGCGGGUACGUGGCACCGCCGACUGCCUACUCGAACGUCGACGCCGUCGACGCACCGGUUGUCGAGACGCCCGACGAACCGCCAAUGUACGACGAGCCGCCGCCCGUGGCGCCCGACGAGACCCCUGUUGCGACCGACGUGAUCGAUCAAGUACCGACAUCGGUGGUGCCCGACGCAGUGCCGGACGGCGCGCCGCUCGUGGAGGCGGUGCGAGACCUCAAGCUCGAGACCGCGCCCAAGCCCAAGAAGAAGAAGAAGUCGAAGGCGCGUGUCGAGGCUGCGCCCGCCGACGCACCGGUCGCGCAUUCGCCACGCUCGGAGAAGGGUCUGCGCAACGACACUGGCGAGAACAACUGCUUUCUGAACGUCGUCGUGCAGUCGCUUUUCCAUCUGCAGACGUUCCGCAAUGCGUUCCGCUCGAUCACGCGCCACGUGUGCCCUGGCGACGGGCGCUGUGUCUACUGCGCGCUCUCGGCCGUCUUUGACAUGCUUUCACCCGGCGACAACCAAACGGCGUGCAGCUCGGAUGCGCUGCGCUCCGUGCUGAGCACGCUCUCGGCGUCGUCGGCAGCGAACGUGUCGCUACCGCCACCGGGCGACGGUCCCAACCGGUUCUCGCUCGGCUCAAUGGACGACGCAGCGGAAGCCCAUGACGCAGUCCUCUGGCAGUUGCAUGAAGCGCUCAAGACGUCGAGCAAGACGCAAGACUGUACUUGCGUGAUCCACAGCGUGUUUGGCUUGCUUGUCGGCGAAGAGGCGCACUGCCCCAAGUGCCACACCAAGAUGACGGCAGCCACUUACGACACGAUGGUCAUGGCGGCGUCGACCGCCCAGUUGCACGACCACAUUGUGCGCAAGAAGGCGCGGACGUUUGACAAGCUGUUGGCGCACGUCGUGGCGAUCGGCGGCGGCACGCGCAAGUGCGCGAACUCGAGGUGCCGCAACACGGAUCUGCUGCCGUCGAGUCUCAAGCUCAAGGCACUGCCGCAGGUGUUUACGGUCGGUCUCUCGUGGCCCAACGCGCAGCCGAGCUCGGGCUACUUGGGCCACAUCGUCUCGAGCAUUGCGCCCACGAUCGACUUGACGCGCGUGUUUCCCAACCUAAUUGCGGACGGUCUCGCGCUGCCCCAUGGCGGCGGCAACGACGCGCACCUCAUGGGUGUCUUUUGCUACUUUGGGCACCACUACCUCACGUUCCUCUUCCAGCCGUCGACGAACGAGUGGCUCUCGUUCGACGACACGGUCGUCAAGCGCGUCGGGGCGUCGUGGAGCGAUGUGCAAAAGGUGUGCUUGGAGAACCAUUUGCAGCCGAUGGUCCUCUUCUACGACGUGGCCAAGAAGCCGGUGGCGGACAAGGUGCUGCAGUUUACGAUCGGCGACUUUGUGCUCUCGGUCGCGUCCGAAGUCGACCAAGAGAAUUGGCGCGCGACCGACAGCAGCCCGCACACGGACACGGACGUGCUUCGGUCGUCGUCGCCUGUGUCCACCUAGAAGACGCCGAUCCUGCCGGCACCGAGAUUAUAUUUAUAUCCUACCACAUUUAGUCUUGGCACCAGGAGGGUAAUCGCCGUAUAAUGCAUGCUCGUCGUCCACUA